UCAAGUUUUUUUUGCAAUAUCUCCUUCUUUUAAUUUUGUGUGAAUUUAACAUUUUCAACAAAGAAAUUUACUCAGCACAAAGAAACAUGAAAUCAAAGGUGACGGCGGCGGCGGUUGGCGCUCGCGCCAAAAGUGUUUCAACUCCAAUUACCACUCGUGGCAAGGCAACACAGCAACAACAAGAACAACAACCUUCACCGCAUUCACUUCAAGCUAACAAAACAAUUCUAAGAAGCAUUUCGAUUUUUUUGGCUAGUGGCAAGAGAAAUAGUCAUCAGUCGAGGAACACUUCAGGCUCCACAAGGAAGCGGACAGGUAAAAUGGAAUUGAACGGUAAAUCAAAUCCAAAGCUGCUGGAAAGUUUGAGAAGAAAAACUAGGUUUUCAAAGGACGAAAUUGAUGCGCUCUAUAGAAUCUACAGAAAGUUGGUCUCAAACUGCCAAUAUGCAGCGAAAGCCCUAGCUGCUAAUUCUUCAAGUUCUGUUAUUGCUAAGCCCCACUCCACUGUCGAGGGCAUCGACAGGAUAAUAUUUCGUGAGCUUUUACACAGUACAUUUGAUAUUGUAACGGAAGAAAUCUUAAUGGAAAGAAUAUUCUGUAGUUGGGAUAAGACACACGAAGGACUUCCGCUUCGCUUAGAAGGAUGGUUAACCGGAUUGUCAGUUUUUCUUCGUGGCAACAAAGCAGAGAAAGCAGCCUUUUGCUUUAGAGUUUACGAUUUAAAUGCUGAUGGAUUUAUCACAAAAGAUGAAAUGUUUACGUUAUUGAAAAAUUGUUUAAUUAAACAACCCCAAGAUGAAGAUCCAGAUGAAGGUGUUAAAGAUUUAGUAGAAAUAGUUUUGCGAAAGUUUGAUGUAGAUAAAGAUGGAAAAGUUUCUUUCGAUGAUUUUUUAGCAACAAUUAAUGCUCAACCUUUAUUAAUAGAAGCUUUUGGACAGUGCCUUCCCACAGAAAAUGCGAUUGUUUCAUUCUUUUCAACACUUCAAAUAUAAAUAUAAUUUAUAAUACUAGUAAAUUUACUUUUUAAAUUGUUAAAAAUUCUGAAAGAAAAACUUUCAGCACCUA